UGUAGUCUCUGGCGUGUCCAGCGCGGCUGCAGGCGUCCCGUGACCGGAGGCCGGAAGUGGAGGCUCUGGAGCGCUAACGGCUCCCGUUUUUCCUCCUGAGCUGUACGGCGGCCGCGAGGGGCCAGCCAGCGCGCGGUGCUGGAGUGAGCGGGCCGAGCGGGGGGGCUGCGGCUCCGUGCGGGUAACAAAUUCAUGUCUUGCAAGACAGUGAUGGCUUUUUCUCUAGAAUUUGAAUAUGGAGGCCACAGGGACAGAUGAAGUGGAAAAGCUAAAAUCCAAGUUUAUGUCUGCAUGGCACAACAUGAAAUACAGUUGGGUAUUGAAAACAAAAACUUACUUUAGCAGAAAUUCUGCUGUCUUCUUGCUGGGAAAAUGUUACCAUUUCAAGUCUGAUGAACCCAGUGAACUCUCUCCAGAUGGAUCCUGCUUGGAUAUAGUUGACAAAGUCAUUUCUGGAAACGUAGAAGAGUUUCGUAAAGAUUUUAUUUCUAGAAUAUGGUUGACUUACAGAGAGGAUUUUCCUCAGAUAAAAGAAUCUGCUUUGACAACAGACUGUGGUUGGGGUUGUACACUGAGAACUGGCCAGAUGCUGCUGGCUCAAGGGCUUGUGCUUCAUUUUCUUGGUAGAGCCUGGACCUGGCCGGGUGCACUGAACAUUGAAAAUUCAGACUCUGAAUCAUGGACAAGCCACACAGUGAAAAAGCUGACUGCAUCAUUUGAAGCAUCACUUACGGGAGAGAGAGAACCCAAGGUCCUGUCAAACGAUCAUAAGGAAGCACUAAAGGGAGACUGUGAUGACAGUGAAAUGAGAGAUGAAGUUUAUCACAGAAAAAUAAUCUCUUGGUUUGGAGAUUCUCCACCCGCAUCUUUUGGCUUGCAUCAGCUAAUAGAAUAUGGAAAGAAGUCUGGGAAAACAGCUGGAGACUGGUAUGGGCCUGCUGUAGUAGCACACAUUUUAAGAAAAGCUGUUGAAGAAGCAAGAGACCCUGAGUUACAAGGGAUAACUAUAUAUGUUGCUCAGGACUGUACAGUUUACAGUUCGGAUGUUGUUGAUAGACAGUGCUCUUCCAUGGGCUCUGAAAAAGCAGAUAUGAAAGCUGUAAUUAUAUUAGUUCCGGUAAGACUUGGUGGAGAGAGAACCAACAUGGACUACUUGGAGUUUGUAAAGGGAAUUUUGAGUCUUGAAUACUGUGUUGGUGUUAUUGGUGGGAAACCUAAGCAGUCAUAUUACUUUGCUGGAUUUCAAGAUGACAGUUUGAUUUACAUGGAUCCUCAUUACUGCCAAUCUUUUGUAGAUGUCAGCAUAAAGGAUUUCCCUCUUGAGUCAUUUCACUGUCCUUCCCCCAAAAAGAUGUCAUUCAAAAACAUGGAUCCUAGCUGUACAAUAGGAUUUUAUUGUAGAAACAUGCAAGACUUUGAAAGAAUUUCUGAAGAAAUAACUAAGAUGCUGAAAUCUUCAUCUAAGGAGAAAUAUCCCUUGUUUACUUUUGUAAAGGGUCAUUCUAGAGACUAUGACUUUGCCUCCAGUCCACUCCAUGAAGAAAAUGACCUUUUCUCCGAGGAGGAAAAGAAAAGAUUAAAAAGAUUUAGUACAGAAGAGUUUGUCUUGCUUUAAGGAUAUUUUACAGUAGGGUAUUGGCAGCUGUCCAGGAGAACACUUGCCCUUUAAAAAAAAUCACACAACACAAGGCAAGCAAUAUUGAAAUUGAUCUAUUUUCAUAAAGAUUAUAAUGUCGUAUAUGUUUGGUCUUUAAAAUGUCACUUAUAAAUGUAAUUAAUUAUUUUUGUUUGUUCAUUGAUAGUUGGAUGAAUAUGAUGACACUUCUUGUUAGUGAAGAUAGAUAGCAUUGUUUAGAGCCAGACACAAUAUAGCGUGUAUGGACAUGCCCUCCUUGAUAGCUCUGCCAAUGAGCCUAAGUCUUGACCUGCAGUCCCCACUGCUGUUCCAGUCCUGAAUAGUCUGCCAAUUAUAUGGUGGUUUUGUGGUGUGGACAUGUCAUCUAGUUUUGAGACAACUGGAUUGUUUCCCGUUGUAAGCAAAACUUGAAUCUAGGGCUCCUGAAGAAAAAGCCUUGUUCAUUUAACCUAUUUUGCUGUCUAAGCCCCUAUAAUGGUUAAUAAUGUAACCAUGAGGUACCUUUCUAGCAUUGCACUACUCAAGAUGUAACUUUGAUAUAUCAAUAGUAAUUGUUAGCUACAAUCCAGAUGCAAUUAUAUAAGCAGAAUUGUGAGUUAAGGUACUAUUUAGCAAUAUGAUUUUAUAAUGGCUACUCAUUAAACUUGCUGUUGAACCUUAAUAUCAGGAAUGAAUAUAAAGUAUUGGCUUUUCCCUACCAUUUUUAAAGGUUAUGUUAUUAAUAUUAACUGCAACCAAUCAAAGCAGAUAGACAGUUAUUAAAUGGGAGCAGUGUUUGUUUCCUGUCUCGACAAUAUAAUUGAGACUUCUAUUCCUACCCAGGCAGCUUCUAAAUCAGAGCAUAAAACAGCAAAUUGGGGGUAGACAGUAAAUAUUCUGGGAUAUGAUCUUCUGAUAUGUGCCAUUAUUAUACAUUGCUCUUGGUGAUUUUAGAUGUAGAGAACAUCUAGCAAAUAAGUCUACAUGAACAGUUUCAUGCUUUAACAAAACAAAUUCAGAAUUUAAAAUACACAUUUAACACUGCCUACAUUUAAAAAUAACUUUAUUAAAGGUGUGAGAUUAAAUGCAUGUACUUAUGAACUAUAAUGGUAAAUUUCUCUUGCUUGAAUUGUUUGAAUUCUGGAUCUAAAAAAAAUUGAGGUAUUGAGGCAAAUACUCUGUAAUAAGGCAAAUUUUAUUGUAUUGUAAACCAGCUAUUAACUUAUUCUAAAGUGCCAUUUAGGCACAGAAUGCACAAAUGUUGUCUACCCAAAUAUUAAAUAUUCUAUGUAUCACUAAAGUAAUAUUUUCCUUUUAUAAGAAUGGAGAGUAGAGUUACUAGUAGGGAGAUUUUAGGCAAAUCUGGGACAAGCGCAUGUUCGUACCAGAGUUGAAUUAAUUUUCACAUUUGUUCAUUAUCACUCCAAAAAAGGAGGAUUAUUUUUCAGUUUCAUUUGUUUUCAUUUUUAAAAUUUUUUCCAGUUGAUUGGAUAAGGUAAUUUGCUCCUUAUUAAAUAUUUUUAAUCAGUGUAACAUUACUUUUAGAUCCUGCAUAUACAGAAGGAAUCAGUUAGGGCUGAUCUUAUUUGAUAUUUUGUCCUUAAUAAUCCGGAAGUAGUAGUAAAAUUAACAUGUUAAUAAAAUGCAGAUGUUAAUUUGGGAAGAGUUAUGAAUUUUAGUGAGGGCUAGAAAAUAUUGUAGAUUUGAGUUUGGCUUGCAUUUUUCUAAUGAUAUUUUUGCUAUGGAAAAAUAAUGCAAAAAAUAAAUAUUAGGGAGUAUGUCCAGAAAACAAAACUACUGAACAAGACCUAUGUGGGAUAGUGGACAACAAAUUAGACAUGAGCUUGCACUGUGCAUUCAAAAAAAAUGAAAGAAAAAGCCAGUGCAAUUCUGGGCUAUGUAUCUAGACACUUAUGUAAUAAAACAGGGAGGUAGUAAUUGUUCUUUCUGAUCUCAUUGAUACUUUCCUUUCUGCUGCCUCUUUGCCAGGAAGGUAUUAACAAAUUAAAGUUCACUGAAAAACAAUAAAAAUGAUCAGGGGCCUGCAGGCAUGGAUUUAAGGCAAAUUAACAAAUAUGUAUGGCUUUGUUAAUCUAUUACUAAGGGAAGGGCAUGACACUUUACAAAUAUUUAAUGUAUAAACACUGGUGAGGAGAUGAGGAAUUACUUGGGUGGUACAAGGGCAUAUAACUUUCUGAAAUAGGAUGAAACUAAAGGAAAAACUUCAUACAGGAGAAUAUUAGGCUGUGUAACGCUCAUAAGGAAGUGUUAGAAGUCCCAUCACAUGUGACUAUUGAUACCUGACUGACCCAAACACUAACAAAUGUACAAUAAGGAAUAAUUAUGCGUAAGGUGAACUAGAUAAACUAAUAACAUCCCUCCCGUUUCCAAUUUCUUUGACUGUAAUAAUAAAAGAAUAAAUUUAGUAUGCCUAAAAGGCUUUAAUGCAUUGGAGUUUACAAGUAACUUUUUAAGCAAGGAACCAAAAGUGACAUUAAUUUAGUGAAUAUUUAAGUGGAUACCCAGUAGACUUUUUCCUGAUUCUAUGAUAUACUUAGUUUUGACCAUGGGGAAUAAAUAUGCUACAGUAAAUAUUACAAUAAGUCGGUAUGUAAGCAUGUAUGUACAUAAAACAUCACAUAUCUGUUAAAAGCAAUGUCCCUCCAUUUCCUAUUAGAGGCCCCAUUCUUUACAGCAGUAACCAUAACUGAGCUGCUAGUCUGAUGUCUCAGGUUUGUCCUAUGGUGGAUAGCUAAGAAGCAGAAUUAAGUUUUGAAACUGGAGUGGGUUUGAGAGGGAAGGACAUUCUUGCAAAGUGGGAAAGAUUAGGUUUGGUAUUUAAACUAAAACAAAAUUAUCUGGGCUAGGUAACUUUAUACAUGUUUCAUCUAAGAGUGACUCUGUUUGCCACAAUUACAGACUUCAAUUCAACAAGCCAUUUCAGCAUGUUUUAACUUUAAGCGUAGUACUUCCUGUUUUUAAUAAAACCUUCUUGCUGUAAACUUAACUACAAAUCGAUUAUAGGUAAAAGUGCCUACUGCAGUUCAGUGCAUGUAACUUUUAACCUAGUAUGCUGACUUAAGGAUUGCCAUUUCCUCCUCUUUUGCUCCAUGGCGGAAGUCACACUUACAUCACAAAAUAAAACAUGCAUGUAACCACACAAGCUAUCUGUGUCUAUAGAGAUGCAUGUAAGGAUGAUUUUAUGUACGUGAGAAGAAUGGAUUGGCGUUCUGACUGCAAAUAGAAAUGUUUUAAUUGUAGAUAAAUGUUAAACAUAAAAUGUAUCUAACACUUCAACAGGUUCACAUUGUUCUAGGAUCUGUAAGAACAUUUUCAUUUCUUACUCUUUUAUAACUUGUGAAGAAGGCCUAAGGUUGAAAUACCUUAGCUAACUUAAUUUUAAUGAUAUACCUUUUGUUCAGUGUAUAUUUAUGAUAGGAAAACUUGCAUUGCAAAACUGUCAAUAAUAUUAAGACAGCUGGUUGAUGAUGUUAUUGGGUCCUUUAGUCUACCAUGAUAGUGUGGCACUCAGAGCCAGCUGCGCAAAUUUGUUAGAACUAGUAACAAUUUUCAGUUACCUUUUCUCUCACUCCUCCAACUUCCAUCUUGUUCCUUUUUCCAUGUUGGUGAUUUAGGUAAAUGCCCCAAAAUCUGUGUAAAUAAGCAUCUAAUAAGGAAGUGGAAAUGGGCGACUAAAAUGAAAACUGGGGAAUUUUUUGAAGGAGGCAUAGGGAUUUAAUUAUAAUUCUAUGGUGGUACUUGGAAAAAGUAGGAUAGUCCAGGCCAAAUUCCAGCUUGGGUACUUAAGGAAGAAUUUAAGUUUUCCACUUGUACUUUCAAUGAAAUGUGCUUAUUUCUGGCCUUAAAUUUUUUUUCCUCCAUCCCUCUUGGUCAGAUCACUUGCAGCCUCCGUUCUAUAACCUCUCUUCCCUGUAUUCCUGGCCAAUUUGAUCUGUUACCAUGGAUUUAACUAUCAUGUCUAUGUUAGUGACUCCUGCAUGUCCUUUGCUACCCAUGACAUUUCACCUUUGAUGGUUUUCAUUUCUACCUGUCUACGUAGUUUUCAAAAUGCCCUAUACUAGGCCUCACUAUUUUAGAAAUACAGCUAGUUUAAUGACUUUUCCAUGUUGCCCAUAAAGCUAAUUACAUAGGUCUUGAAACCGAAUAGUUCAAGAUUCUAACUCCUUCCAGUCUUACUUCCUGUUUAGAUCCCAUUGCCCCAAUGAAAAAUGGCUAAGGCACAGAAAGAAGACCUUGGUUUUGAAAGUAUUCUAGUAUAUUUCCUGACUCCAGGACAGGCAAGCUCACAGGUAGUCCUCAUCCCUGAAGGUCCAUGUACAGUGGUGACACAAGUUAAAUUACUAAAUUACUAGAAAUUAAUGUUUUUCUGUAACUACAGGGGACUUUAAUUGGAAACUAUGUUAAUCGCAUAGUAAUUAUCUUUACUUCUACUGCAUUAUCUCCUGAAAACUGUGCAAUUAAUUUGUGUCAUCACUGUUACUGCUGCUGCCUUCAAACACAAACCAACUGUGCAUUAGUUACUCACACACCCAGCAGUGGCCUAUAUUCUUAAGUGGCUUAUACAAAUCAUUGACUGAUUAGUUAUUUGCUUUCUUGAUGGAACCAGCGUCUCAAUAUCAUGGAAUGUGGCAAAUAUGGGCAUCUUUUAAAUAGGUUUGUUCUUUCCCCGCCCAAUAAGUGUUUCUGCUGUUCCCUUUCUUUUAUUAGGAGGGGGGCAUUUUUGUUUAUCAAGUCUAAUAGCAGCAGGAGUCACCUCUGCCAGAUCUUUGAAUAACUAGCUGGGACUUCGUCUUCUGCAUCUAGCCAAGGGUAUAUGCCUCCAUUUAUCAAAGUGAAGCGAAGUCUUGGGGUUGUCUUCCACUCAUCUCUAGAUGAUCAGUGACCACAAGCCCUUUUUCCACCAGCUUUCUAUGAAAACCUGGUUCUGAUGACCUACAGAGGGUCCAUUUUUGUGAUUGUGCACCUACCUACUCAAUGAGACAGACUACCCGUCAUGAGCACUUCACCUACGUGUUCCACUUUCUGUUGGUUCCCAGUUUGUGUCCAGUAUCCAUUCAAAGCCAUGGUCCUGAUUUUCAAAGGCAUCUGUGGGAGACCACAUCACUCAGGAUUUACCAAGACAACUGCUCUCUGGGACAGUUCAACUUUCAAAGUGCCAAGACAAAGCAUAUGAGAGCCAGAAGUGUGGAGGGAUAGCUCAGUGGUUUGAGCAUUGGCCUACUAAACCCAGGAGUGUGAGUUCAAUCCUUGAGGGGGCCAUUUAGUGAUCGGGGGCAAAAAUCUGUCUGGGGAUUGAUCCUGCUUCAAGUAGGGGGUUGGACUAGAUGACCUCCUGAGGUCCCUUCCAACCCUGAUAUUCUAUGAUCUUGGUCAAGGGGAUACACAAGUAGAACAAAUUUCCAGAGGAAAUUUGAUUAGGCUAGCGUCUGACUGCUUUCAGGACAUACUCCAAAACCUUGCUCUUUGACAAAGUAUUUUCAACAUGAUAGGCAGGGCCAAUCAGAGGUGGGCAGGAGGAAGGAGGGCCAUUUGGCCUGGGCCUCAAGCUCAAAUGGGGCCUCACAUUUAGACACCUGUUAAUUUUUUGGCAUUUGAUAUGUUUUGCAACUUUUUUAUGCACAUCCCUAUCAGACCAGAAAAGCAUUUGUUAAAUAAAAAUAUAUUCAAAUUA